UUUAGAAGAAUGGACAGCUACACAAGAUCACGACACAUUCCGCAUCUGAGAAGAUAUUUUAUGCAUGGAGUUUGUAAAGAAGGAAGCAAUUGCCGUUAUUCUCACGAUCUUUCGGUCAGUCUUCCAGCAAUGACGUGCCGGUAUUAUCAGAAAGGCUGCUGUGCCUAUGGAGACUUCUGUAGGUACGAGCAUGUCAAGCCAUCAAAGGAUGAAGAAAGAGGUCUACAAAAUGUAUCUACUACUGAGUUGAGCACUGUCUCGAGCACAGAUGCAUUUCUAAAACCACUGGCAGAACAGAGUGCCACUGCAGUAAAUGAGGAAGACCCUGCUUUAUCAUCUGUAAAACCACAGCUGGAGGAUUGGGUGAAUGCUGCAGAAUUUGUCCCAGGACAACCUUAUUGUGGACGAGAAGCAACUCCACAAGGACUGGUAAUUGAGGAAGAGUAUGAGAAAGAGCAAGCCAAUGAAGAGCUGAAGAAGCAGCUAUGCCCUUAUGCAACAGUUGGAGAGUGCCGUUAUGGAGAGAACUGUGCUUACCUUCAUGGAGAUGUCUGUGAUUUGUGUGGUUUGCAGGUGUUGCAUCCUGUUGAUACUGCUCAGCGGUCCCAGCACAUAAAGCUUUGUAUUGAAACUCAUGAAAAAGACAUGGAGCUGUCAUUCGCAGUCCAGCGAAGCAAGGAUGUCAUUUGUGGAAUCUGUAUGGAGGUAGUAUAUGAAAAAACCAACCCCAGUGACCGGAGGUUUGGAAUCCUAUCUAAUUGUAGUCACACCUAUUGCCUUAAGUGUAUUCGGAAGUGGAGGAAUGCGAAGCAUUUUGAGAGCAAGAUAAUAAAGUCAUGCCCAGAGUGCAGAAUUACAUCAAAUUUUGUCAUUCCAAGUGAAUACUGGGUGGAAGAUAAGGAAGAAAAACAGAAACUAAUUAUGAAGUACAAAGAAGCAAUGAGUAAUAAAUCUUGUCGUUAUUUUGACGAGGGUCGUGGAAACUGCCCUUUUGGUGGAAACUGUUUCUACAGGCAUGCAUACCCUGAUGGUCGCUUACAGGAGCCCCAGCCACAGAGGAGGCAGACAGGGACAUCUGCAAGGCAUCGAACUACAAGGAGAGCGCGCCUGUGGGACUUAAUCGAAGAUGGAGAAAAUGGAGAUCCAUUUGCUGAUGAAGAUGAGGUCGUAACGUUAGAGCUAGGGGAAAUGUUACUAAUGCUUUUAGCUGCUGGUGCUGCUGAAGAUUCAGAUUCUGAAGAUGACUGGGACUUGUUUCAAGAUGAGUUGGACGAUGAUUAUUUUGAUUUGACCUAUAGCACCUGAAAGUGGAGUUUGGACUGUCUGAGAGAAGAGCAGACAGUAGCUUUUUCCUGUAUCGUGGCAGUGCCUGUGUGGCUUUGGUACAGGCAGGCCAAUUAGUUUCAGGUGCUCUUGUAAACUUAAUAUAGUUCUGUUAUUUGUGUGUCUGGUUCUGAUGAUCCUUUACAAAAUAAACUCGUGAACAACUGCAAGCUAAAACUCUCUUAAUAGUCGUGGAGUACCCUAUCCUGGUGGAGCUGUGUGUCUUUCAGUAGUGCCUGUGAGUUUUUAGGACCCUGUCAUGUAUUCUGACAGUACAAGAAUCUCACGCUUUUUAACAGUUCCUUUCAGCCAAAGAGGAGGAGACUGCAGAUUGUAAGGUGACUGCUUCAUACUGAUUUUAGUCAGCUGACUGACAUGUUAACAUAAAUGUAGAAUCACAGUGCUAACCAUUUUUAAAUACUUGGUAUUUAUUGUUUUCACAUACCCGUCUGUGCAAUUCCUUUAUCAUAAGAAACACUCACAUUGAGGUAUGUUUUGCUGGGUCUGUGCGUUUUCAAAGGUUUUAACUUAUUAAAACGUUUUUUAUUGUCACAUGACACCCUUGAAUAAAAAAGUUAAAAUA